AUGUCGAAGAAGGAGGAUAAGCCCGCGGUGGUCCCGGAAGUGGACGACGACGAACCUGAUGAAUGGGACAAGCGGAUCUUCAGCACCGGUUGCGCAGUCGAGCAGGAUAAAAUGAACGACUGCUAUUUUACGAAGAAGGACUGGAGACUGUGCAAGGACGAGAUGGAAGCAUUUCGCGAGUGCUGGAAGCGCAAGGGCAAUGACCAGCGGACUCAAACCAAGGACGCUUAG